AUUGGAUGUACAUCUUCCUGAAUUUCUUCCCGUCUUUCUAUUUAUCGUACCAAAACCAAAUUCUAACUUCCUCAAAUUUACCUUGCAUUUUUCGCUAAUUUGCCCCUUUUUAAGCUCUGUAAAUACUUUUAAUUGAUCCCAAAAUUGCUUAAUUCGAUUCUACUGUUUAUCUUCUGAUCUAUUUCUGCAAAUCCCUUUUUUAUUUUUUUUCUCUUAAUUAAUUUAAAUAUAUUUGUCCUUUUUCACGAGAAAAUUCUGAAGAAACCAUGAGGAAGAAGCUCGAUACUCGUUUCCCUGCUGCUCGGAUAAAAAAGAUUAUGCAAGCUGAUGAAGAUGUUGGGAAGAUAGCAAUGGCAGUUCCUGUUUUAGUUUCAAAGGCAUUGGAACUGUUUCUGCAAGACCUUUGUGAUCGUACUUAUGACAUAACCCUUCAAAGAGGAGCCAAAACUAUGAGUUCUCUUCAUUUAAAACAUUGUAUACAUAGCUUCAGCAUGUUUGAUUUUCUGAAGGACGUGGUGAGCAAGGUUCCUGAUUAUGGUAAUUCUGAGGCAAAUGCAGAUGACCGAACUGCUAUGAAGAGAAGGAAAUCUGCUGUUGAAGAGUAUCAUGACAGUGAUGAAGAGUUGAAGAAAAGCAGGAUGCAAGAAAUGAGCCAUGCCAGCGGCAGUGGUAGAGGUAGAGGGCGAGGCCGAGGGAGAGGUCGUGGGCGGGGAAGGCCCCCAUUAGAAAGAGAGGCACCCUCUCACCAUGAGAUGGAAGCCGAGCCAUCGACAGUUUUUGAGCCCAUCAACAAGCCCUGCCCUAUCCAAGUACCCAACACAGACGAUGAUCCCAAUAAACCAGAUCCAAUGAAGGAGAGUCCAGUUGUAGGUGAUGCAGACACGGCAAUCCGGAAUUUCGAUUUAAAUGCUGAUGUAGUAGCUGCUGAAAACCAGGAAGUAGGACCCACUGUAACAGCAGCAGAAAAUGCUGCUGCAUCAGUUGAACAUCCUCCUGAAAGCAAGAAUGAAGAGUUGCUCUCUGAGGUUGAUGGGAUGGCCAUCGACCCACAUCAGAUUGCCCAAUUUAACUCAAGAAUAGACGAAGAUGAGGACUAUGAUGAAGAGUAGCUGGCAAAAGUGUCAAUGUAGGAGAAAAUAGGAGAAAAUGUAGAUGAAAGUGGAGACCUAUUCCUUGGGGGGGUUAAGGAAAGACACUAGAAUUCUUUAAUUAUGGUCUCUGCUGGAUCUCUGUAUAAUUGAUGAUUAUUAGGUUUUCUAAUUAUUAGGUUGUAAGGCUUGCAUUGUUAUCAUCUUUAGUUGCAGAAAUUUUUAACGUAGUUGGAUGUUACAGUGCUCAGUCUCAUCAUUUUCAGAGUACUCUGAAUGUUUUUUCUUAA